AUGGCGAGGACCAAGCAGACAGCGGCGAAGAGCACGGGAGGUAAGUGUCCGCGGAAGCAGCUCGCUCUGAAAGCUGCACGCUUCGCCAGCCGCGACCACUUAAUGUUCGAGCUCUCAUCUCGAACAGAUGUAACCAAGGUUUCCAAGACGGGCUCCAUGUUCCACAUUUGGGUGGCCAGCGGGCAUCGCCGUUACGCCGUAACAGAACAAGAGUUCAACAGCCUUCUAGGAGAUCAUAUUACCGCCCUGCUCCACCGCAAGCCAGAUGAAGAGGUCUGUCUCGAAGAGAUAUGGCGUCUUGGUCUCACAGAGUCGUUGUCGGACACAAACCAGUACUGUAUUAUCGGCGACGGUGAGUGGAACAUUGAGUCCAUCUAUCUCGACGUUGACAACACGUACUAUGGCGUCGAUGCCGCAACCAACCUUCCUCACCGUAUUUUGCUAUACACUCUAGCAAUUUCCGGAACCGGGAAUAGUACAACUCACAAGAUUGUUGACGAUCUCUUCCAGUUUGGUGGGAGAGACCGAAUUAGUGCCUUCUUAAGUAUUGAUCGUUUUUGCACCGAUCAAAAGGGCAGGAGUCUGAAGAUGAUACAUGGUCGUUCCAGGGCUGUCAAUCCUCGGACUCCGAUCUACCGCGUUUCCACACACGGGACCGUGCGGUUCCGAGAUAGUAGCGACAUGUGCAUCUCCGCCGCCGUCUGCAACGGUCUCCAACUACUAGGGUCCCCGAACCUUGCCGUCAAGUACUGGGAUCUUUUAGUCCGCAACAGCCUCCUCUUUGAGAGGACUGGCUCUCCGUCGCGUCGAAUCCGAGAUUUCCAUGACGCUGGAAAACACCUUAAUCAAGAUGAAGUCGCUCUCCGCGGGUCGGGUCUUCGUAGUCCAUCUCUCGGACUCCUCUUGAGGCUCGAACCGGGUGUCUAUGUCGCGACUUUAGAAGGCUUGCCCCACAUAAUGCACAGCAUCUGCGUCUCGACCAUACAUUCCAUUGUACUUGAUUGUAUGGAGGGGUUUCCGCUUCGGCUCUGCGCCGGCGCGGUCAAAGCAUGCGUUGGAGCCGACGGGAUCUUCGUUGGCGUCUCCGAACUGCGCCAAAUUCUCGUCGUCACCCCUUCCAAGAAGAAACGGAGCAGAAUUGGACGCGCAAGCAGCCGCAGAGCACACAAGAAAGCCGCGAUUCGGGGUUCGGGAAGUUCCAUUCAGCAUUAG